CAUACGGUAAAUGACAAUCGUAUACUGCGUGGGUAUAAAUUUUUGAUGGCAAUUUUACAAACAUUACGGGAAGUUAUACAUAAAUAAAGUGGAGUUUAUUUUGCACGAAAAGUAGUGAGUGAAGUAUUACGGUUUAUUUUGCAUUUUAAUUUGAAAUUUGUUCUCUUUUGUGCCUUGACGCUUAGUAACCAGAAAACGCUAAAUUGUUAUACAUAAUUUUGGUAUUUAAUACCUUUUUCUACAAGUUGGAGGAGUUGGUUUGUUGUUGGUUUUUUUCCGUGAUUCAUAAUGAACUUCGUAGCUGAAAAAGUGCGAUAAAAUUGUUUAGUUCGAAAUAAAAUACUUGUGGGUGGUAGCUCAUUAUCAUUUUCACAAUGGCAGUUGUGGUGAUGAAGCCUGUAACUGAGAGCAUUGCCGAGACAAUGCUUACGGACAUGGAGAGGUUACCAAGUUUACAACUUGGUAAUUUCACAUUGGAAUUCGAAUUAGGGGACCUUUCACCGGAAAUGCAAGAGGUGGCUCGUAAGGAACUUAGGGAAAAUCCCGAUCUCAAAAGGGAAGCCGUAGAAGAAUUGAGAGAACUAUUAAAAGAGGACAAGGAAUUAAAAGUUCCUUACGAUAACGAUGCGUGGCUUGUAAGAUUCCUUCGUCCUUGUAAAUUCUACCCUAAAAGUGCAUACGACUUGAUAAAAAGAUAUUACGCUUUCAAAGUUAAGCAUUCCGAUGUCUACAACGAUUUGUUGCCAAGCAGGGAAACGAACAUUUUUGAACAAAAUAUUCUCACAGUUCAGCCCAACAGGGAUCAAUUCGGCAGGAGGAUAUUAGUAAUAGAAUUAGGAAAAAAAUGGAAUCAUAAAAAAUGUACUUUGGACGAGGUGUUUAAGGGCUGUGUAUUAUUUUUGGAAGCUGCCAUGUUGGAACCUGCAACACAGGUGGCUGGGGCUGUGGUUAUUUUUGAUAUGGAUGGACUCACCCUUCAACAAACGUGGCAGUUUACACCACCUUUUGCCAAGAGAAUAGUAGACUGGCUCCAAGACAGUGUACCCCUUCGAAUAAAGAAUAUUCACAUCGUCAACCAGCCCUAUGUGUUUAACAUGGUAUUUGCCCUAUUUAAACCAUUUUUACGAGAAAAGCUAAAGAGUCGUAUUAUAUUCCAUGGCACUGACCGUAAAUCAUUGCACAAGCAUAUGGCACCGAAAUGCUUACCAGAAUGCUAUGGUGGGACCUUGGAAAUUCCACGAAUUGAUGGAAAACAAUGGUUGGAGCUUUUAUUGUUGUGUGACCAAGAAUUUAAAGCAAUCAAUUCGUACGGUUACAAGAAGAAUUAGCUAUGAACAAAGCGCACGAAGAAAUGAAUAAGUUAAUGGUGCUCAAGCAACGUUAUGCACAAUUUAUCUUUAUAAACAAAAAAAA